AUGGAGGCCAAGCCAGCAUCGGAUCUCUCUAUGAUGCUGCAAGAACUACUGGCGCCAUCCUGUCUGGACCCCGAGCCGCUGCCCGGACCCCCCACCCAGCAGGCGCCAAGCACCCCAAGAUGUCUCAGACCCAGUGGCAGGUCCUUCUGGCCUGCACCUCAGGAUUCAGUCACCACCCUGCGCUUCCUCCGAGAAACAGCAGAGGGGCUGGCUGAGCCCCCUGUCCAGGAUACCCAGGCCCUGGGGCCCUGCUGGGAGCUGAAGGCCCUGGGGGUGCUGGGACCCCCACCUCUGGCCAGGGAUACCAGGGCCAUGCUGACCCCUAUCAGCCAGCAACGGGGCAGUCUGGGGCCUCUGGGGACUCCCUCAGCCCCUUCAGGCCCACCCCAGAGGAGACCCCGGAAGCAGUCAAACCCACACCAGGGUGCUGAGAAAGUGGACCCCCGGUUCGAGGGAGUGACCCUGAAGUUUCAAAUAAAGCCGGAUGCCAGCCUACAGAUCAUACCCAGCUACAGCCUGGCCUGCAGCAGCCGCUCUCAGGGGCCCUCCACAGGCCCUGCUGGGGGCCCUGAGGCCGACCUAGGAGGCAGUGAGGCCCUGGGGCCCCGGCGCUGUGCUUCCUGUAGGACCCAGAGAACCCCACUCUGGAGAGAUGCUGAAGAUGGGACACCCCUGUGCAAUGCCUGUGGUAUCAGGUACAAGAAGUACGGCACCCGGUGCGCCAGCUGCUGGCUGGUGCCCAGGAAAAAUGUCCAGCCUAAGAGGUUAUGUGGCAGAUGCGGGAUGUCCCUGGGCCCCCACCAAGGGCCAACCCAGGAAGGGUAAGCCCUUCCUUACCCAGCCAAGCCUGUGCUGCCUCCGUUUCUCUAGGGGGAGAAUGGGAAGAAGCCUUCCUAGGAGGCAUGGGGAAGGAGCUUGGGUCCCACGGACUCCAGCCUGCCUCCUCUCUGCCCUCUCCCCAUUCAGGGACACCAGGCAGAAGACUCAGGCCUCAGGCCCCAGAGCCCCUGUCUCAGGGGGGUCACUGGCCCCCUCCUUGGCCCCUGCUCCACUCAGGCUUGGCUGAGCUCCCCUCAGGAAAUGUUCUCAGUAGU